AUGGUUCGACGCCGGGCUUGGACCCACAAUACCGGCGGUGGGUCAUUUCCGACUCUAAGAGAUGAGGUUGGAAAGCCCUUCUGGGGCACGCCGGGCCGUUAUCUCCCCAAAAACAUGCUUCUGAGCCUAGUGGAGGCCCUAGGCCAUGAGUACAAAGACCUGCUAGACUGGUCCGGUUAUAAUACUGCGUGUGGCGAUAAGAAUCUCCUUUUGGAGGGAAAAGAUAGGGGUGGCGAUGAGAGCGACGAAGAAGACAGCGAAGAUGAAGACAGUGAAACAGAUGGGGAUGAAGCCUCGUAG